UUGUUGUGAUUCCUGUGUCCCGUCCCACCUACCCUCUCACCUACUCCUCUCUCUCUCUCUCCACCCAUUAUAAAAAUAAAAAAAAACCAGUUCAAAAUGUAAACUUAACGCCGUGAAAUUGCACGCCCCCGCCUUCCCCAACCAUCCACCAACCCCUCCACCGCCCCACACACUCACUUCCACCACGAGCGCGCCGCACCUACCCCUCCCCUCUCCCGCUAUAAAUCAAAAUCCCCAAUCUCACUCUCAUCAACACCCAAAUCCUCCUACUCUUGCUCCUCUGUUAAUUUCUCCAUGGAUCUCCUCCUCCUGGAGAAAACCCUUCUAGCUCUCUUCGUGGCCACCGUCGUCGCCGCGGUAGUCGCCAAGCUCCGCGGCAAGCGCUUCCGCCUGCCGCCUGGCCCCCUCCCGGUCCCCGUCUUCGGAAACUGGCUUCAGGUCGGCGACGACCUCAACCACCGCAACCUUGCCGACCUCGCCAAGAAGUUCGGCGACAUACUCCUCCUGCGCAUGGGGCAGCGCAACCUGGUGGUGGUCUCCUCCCCGGAUCACGCCAAGGAUGUGCUCCACACGCAGGGAGUGGAGUUCGGGUCGCGCACCCGCAACGUGGUAUUCGACAUAUUCACGGGGAAGGGGCAGGACAUGGUGUUCACCGUGUACGGGGAGCACUGGCGGAAGAUGCGGCGGAUCAUGACCGUCCCUUUCUUCACCAACAAGGUGGUGCAGCAGUACAGGUACGGGUGGGAGGACGAGGCGGCGCGGGUGGUGGAGGACCUUAGGAAGAAUCCGGAGGCGGCGACGACGGGGGUCGUGCUGAGGAGGCGGUUGCAGCUGAUGAUGUACAACAACAUGUACAGGAUAAUGUUCGAUAGGAGGUUCGAGAGCGAGGAGGAUCCGCUGUUUGUGAGCCUGAAGGCUUUGAACGGGGAGCGGAGCAGGUUGGCUCAGAGCUUCGACUACAACUAUGGAGAUUUCAUUCCGAUUCUGAGGCCGUUCCUGAGAGGGUAUUUGAAGAUUUGCAAGGAGGUGAAGGAGAGGCGGUUGAAGCUCUUCAGAGAUCAUUUCGUGGAGGAGAGGAAGAAACUUGGGAGCACUGUAGCAGUGGACAACAAUGCGCUAAAAUGCGCCAUAGAUCACAUUCUGGAUGCUCAGCAGAAGGGAGAGAUCAACGAGGACAACGUCCUCUACAUCGUCGAGAACAUCAACGUCGCCGCAAUCGAAACGACGUUGUGGUCGAUCGAGUGGGGCAUAGCCGAGCUGGUGAACCAUCCGGAAAUCCAGAAGAAGCUCAGGCGAGAACUGGACACGGUACUCGGACCCGGAGUCCAGGUAACCGAACCCGACACCUACAAGCUACCCUACCUGCAGGCCGUCGUCAAGGAGACCCUCAGACUGCGGAUGGCCAUCCCCCUCCUCGUCCCCCACAUGAACCUCAACGACGCCAAGCUCGCCGGCUACGACAUCCCCGCCGAGAGCAAGAUACUCGUCAACGCCUGGUGGCUCGCCAACAACCCCGCCCACUGGAAGAACCCCGAACAGUUCCGACCCGAGAGGUUCUUCGAGGAAGAGUCCAAGGUGGAGGCCAACGGGAACGACUUCCGGUACCUGCCGUUCGGCGUCGGCCGCCGGAGCUGUCCCGGCAUCAUCCUCGCGCUGCCCAUUCUGGGAAUCACGCUGGGGCGCCUGGUGCAGAACUUCGACCUCUUGCCGCCGCCGGGACAGUCGAAGGUGGAUACUGCGGAGAAGGGGGGUCAGUUCAGCUUGCACAUUUUGAAGCAUUCCACCAUUGUUGCCAAGCCCAGAUCUUCUUGAAAUUUCAGGACUUCAGCCCCCAAUUGGAAAAUAUAAUGAUGUUUCUGUUCAGUUCCUUGUAAAAACAAAUCUUGCAAUCCCCGGUGGUGAUGUUUAUGAAUUUAAGACUUCGCAAUAAUCUAUUGUCCUUUUUUUUUUUGUCUAA